AGGCUGCUAUAGGAUCAGCAUCUCCCCGGUCAUCGCUUUCGCUUGUCUCACUCUCGCACACGCUGACUGCGCUGCGGCAUCCCUCAGCUGCCUUCAUCCGUGUAGUAACAGGGACCCGGCAAUGAUCGCACUGGAGUUCAAUUUCAAUGUCUUGACAAGGGAUCUGCCAGUUUACCUCGAAAACCAAGUUAAAAUCGGGCUUUUCGGCUCUGGAGUGGGGCUGUCACUCGUACUCGGCUUCAGCGCCGCGUACGCCUGCUACUACCUAAUCGCUGUAGCCAAGAAACCUCAGCUUAUUGGAGGUGGGAAAAAGUUCUGCGAGUUCCUGAGGGAGCAAUGUCCCGUGGUGUCGGAAACCUAUUACCCCACUUUUUGGUGCUGGGAGAGCCGCGUUCAGACCCUCCUCAGACCCUUCGUCACAGCGAAGCCCUGGGUCACCUACAGAAACGAGCUCAUUAGAGCAGCAGAUGGAGGACAGAUUUCCCUCGAUUGGUUUGACAACGAUGACAGCGCCGCCUACCCCGACCCCGUCACUAGACCCACCGUGCUUCUGCUUCCGGGGCUCACCGGCACCAGUCGCGAGUCCUACAUCCUGCACAUGGUGCAGCAGAGCCGCGAGUUGGGCUACAGAUGUGUGGUCUUCAACAACAGAGGGGUGGCCGGGGAACAACUACUGACCCCGAGGACGUACUGCGCCGCCAACACUGAGGACCUGGAGGCUGUCAUCGAGCACGUGUACAGGAGCAGUGAGGGAGCCCCCAUGAUGGCUGCCGGGGUCUCCAUGGGAGGCAUGAUGCUGGCUAACUAUCUGGGCCGCAAGGGCCAGGACACGUGUCUGCGCGGGGUGGUGGUCUUCUCAGCCGGCUGGGACGUCUUCGAGUGCACCGCCUCGCUGGAGAAACCCCUGGACCGCUUCCUCUUCAACUCCUACCUCACCAGCUGCCUGCAGGCCUCUGUGGACCGGCAUAGGACAGUCCUUGAGAAAUGUUUUGACAUUGAUCACGUGAUGAAGGCAAAGACCAUCCGUGAAUUUGACGAGAGGUUCACAUCCAUCAUGUUUGGCUACCCAACCAAUGAGGACUACUACCAAGACGCCAGUCCUGUGCACCGCCUCAAGUCCGUCCAGGUGCCCAUGCUGUGUCUCAACGCGGCUGAUGAUGUCUUCUCCCCACACCAUGCCAUUCCAGUGGAGGCAGUGAAGCAGAACCCUAACCUGGCUCUUCUGAUCACAUGCCAUGGCGGCCAUAUUGGCUUCCUGGAGGGCCUGUGGCCUCGCAGAAGCACCUACAUGGACCGGGUCUUCAGGCAGUUUGCUAAGGCCGUCAUCGAGAACGGGAGCAGCCUGAGAGACCUUUAACAGCCAGGACUCGCCUACACCUCCAUACCCUCUCCCUUUAUCCUACCAUGUUCAAAAGAGAGAAAAGAACUACAAAUACUCAACAAUAAACUUUAGAAGGGCACAUCUGACUCAACGCACAAUCGCAAUUCUCCCAAAGCAUGAGUAGCAUUCCUUGUUAGCAUCAUGUUAGUGUUUCUGUAGCGCCCUUCAUUGUGGCUCAGUUGGGAUACAGUUCCUCACACAGCUAGAGAGAGUGAAGGCGGUGUGGCUCGGUCAUGUGUUUGACUGACAGUGUUCAGAAGUACUGUAGCACUUAUGAUACUUUUAAUUUAUCUGUGUUUUUUUAAGAAACCAUUUGAUGUGUAGGUGUAGUCCUCAGGGAUUUUUCAGUUUUGUUUUCUUUGUGCUUUGGUUUUGUUUGUGUUGUUCCCUCUGUUCUUCCAUACUUCCCUACUUGACGUAAUGUGUCGUCCCCUGGAUCUCAGACCGUCUGAAGUGUCACGAUGCAGCAUCGUACACACCAAAUACGAGCAUAAAUGUAAAGCAGAUGACAGUAGCAGUAAAUAUGGUGGAUGAGGAAUGGGAAAUUGCACUAUUUUAGAUAGGGUUGACCUAGCAUACCGGCUAAAACAAAUCUGACUAUGAGCUAUGCUUCUAGCACCCUUCAAGAUUGAGAUUGCAACCAUUCAGUCCACGAAUGUCACAGAGGUAACACUUGAAUAGCUUGUACACAUCGAUGCCAGUGUCUCUGAAAAGCCUUAAUCUCUGCAACUUUGAUAUCGAUGGCUCCUCUCCAGAGGGGGUUUCUCAGUUAGGUUGGAAUCAUAGAAGAAGUUCUGUUCUACCUGGGAAAAGGUGCUCUUAACCUUGAAUAUGUUGCUUUUCCUCAUUAACCCGAGGUGCAGUCAUAUCAGUGUUGGUUUAAAAAGUGUCAUUCACAUGAAGAUGAUGGAUUAGUGCUGUCCGAAAAACAACCUGACUUGUGUGACUAAUUGUCAUAUUGUAUCACGCACGAGAUAUUGCGAUGUUGUUUCUGUGGGACGUUCUGGACCUCCUCUUUACGGCCACCAUGCAUGUCUCGCUCUCUUCGCGAUAGAACUUUUCCGGAUUUUACAGACCUCCCAUUGCAUCCUGUAGCGUAAUAGGCAACAUUUUCUACCGCUAAGACUCUUAGCGUAUUUGUACCGGGUUGUCUAAGACGGUCAUGCAGCAAUAAAAUUUUACCAUAAACUGCAAAUGAUGUACAGUGUGUGUACAUGUACAUAAGUAUAUUAUAAUUGCAUAUGCUGUAUUUAAUAAAUUGUGAAGUAAAUACUGA